UUGUGUAUACAAAAUUUUGUGUAUAUAUAAUUUGACGAAUUUUGACGUUUAAUAUUAUUUUUCAUCGUUUAUAUAAAUACGCAUACGUUGUAUAUUUUUAAAGAAAAAAUUAAAAUAACCUUAAAUAAAACACAUUUUUCUUAUAUAGUAAUAGUGAAUUUUUUUUUCUCAAUCAAGUGAAAAAUAUUAAAUAAAAAUCAUGGAAGAAUCAUCAGAAGACGUUUAUAGGUUAGAAGGCUCACAAAAUGAAACUGGUGGCUUAAUUAUUCGUAAAAAAGUUUCAGAUCAUACAUUUAAAAAGCCUCAAGCAUCUGCAUUGGGUCUUGAUAAAUUAGCGCAAAAAAUACGCAAUGAAAAAGAAAAAAAAUAUCGUGCACCUCAAGAGGAAACGCCAACUUACACUGCUGGUGUUAAUCGUGAAGCUAGAGAACGUUUGGAAUCAAGAUUAAAACGACAAAGAUUACAUGCACCCGAGGGUGAUAGAUACAAGGACAGAGAUCGUAAUAGGGAGAAAAAACGAAGUGACGACAGAGAUAGAGAUCGUCGACGUAAUUAUAGCAGUAGAAGUAGCAGUAGCAGAGACAGUUCACGACAAACACCAAGAUUUCGUGAUGAACCACAAACACCAAAAUACAGGGCAAAGGACACAACAUCGAGAAGUAAUUGGGAUGAUGACGAUGAUGAUAAUGAACCUCGUCGUUCAACUUGGGAUCAUCCAACACCUCAACUUUAUGGCUCUAGAAGCAAAGAAUCAAAUAGCGUUAGAAGUGAAUUUACACCGUCAUACAAAUACAAUUCAUGGAAUAAAGAUAAAAAACAUUCUGGUGUAACGCCUAAAGUUGAUGAUGAGGACAAAGAAUAUUGGGAGGAAGAACAAAAAAGAUUGGAUCGUGAAUGGUAUUCGCUUGACGAUGGUGAAGCACAACAUUUUGGUGGCGUAUCCGAGGAGUAUACACAAAAAAAAGAACAAGAACAAGAGGCACGUCGUAAAAAGCGUAUUUCCGCACAACAACGUCAAAUAAAUAAAGACAAUGAAUUAUGGGAACGUAAUCGUAUGUUAACAUCAGGUGUUGUUUGUUCACUUGACGUUGACGAUGAACCCGAUGAUGAAGCAGAGGCAAGAGUUCAUCUUCUUGUACACAAUGUUGUGCCACCAUUUUUAGAUGGACGUAUUGUUUUUACAAAACAACCCGAACCCGUUGUACCUGUACGUGAUCCAACUUCAGAAAUGGCACAAACAGCACGCAAGGGUUCGCCUCUCGUACGUGUUUAUCGCGAACAAAAAGAACGUCGUAAAGCACAAAAGAAACAUUGGGAAUUAGGUGGUACACAAAUUGGCAACAUUAUGGGUAUACGUGACAAAAGAAAAGAAGAAUUGAGAGAUGAACAAAUUGCCGAAACAGAUUUUAAAUCGGGACAAAAAUUUGCCAAACACAUUAGUGAUGAUACAACAAGUGGUACAAAGAAAUAUCACAAUAUACAAAAACAAAGACGAACAUUGCCAAUAUUUGCCGUUCGUCAGGAAUUAUUGACAAUAAUACGUGAGAAUAGUAUAGUAAUUAUUGUCGGUGAAACGGGAAGUGGUAAAACAACACAAUUAACACAAUAUCUUCAUGAGGAGGGUUUCAGUAAUAAUGGAAUAAUUGGUUGUACUGUGCCGAGGCGUGUUGCAGCAAUGUCAGUGGCAAAACGUGUUUCUGAUGAAAUGGGUUCAACGCUUGGUGAAAAAGUUGGUUAUGCAAUUCGAUUUGAGGAUUGUACAUCAAAAGAUACGGUUAUUAAAUAUAUGACCGAUGGUAUUUUAUUGAGAGAGAGUUUACGUGAAGGUGAUUUAGAUCGUUAUAGUGUUAUUAUAAUGGAUGAGGCGCACGAGAGAUCAUUAUCAACUGAUGUAUUAUUUGGAUUGUUGAGAGAAAUUAUAACACGUCGUUAUGAUUUAAAAUUAAUAAUCACAUCGGCAACAAUGGAUUCAACUAAAUUUGCCGCAUUUUUUGGCGAUGCUGCAACAUUUCAUAUACCUGGUCGUACAUUUCCGGUUGAGAUAAAUUAUUCAAAAAAUCCAGUUGAAGAUUAUGUUGAAGCUUCAGUUAAGCAAGUUCUUCAGAUACAUUUACAACCGCCAAAAGGUGAUAUAUUGGUUUUUAUGCCUGGACAAGAGGAUAUUGAAGUUACUUGUGAGACGCUUAAGGAUCGUUUAAUGGAAAUUGAAACGGCUCCUGAUUUAUCAAUUCUACCAAUUUAUUCACAAUUACCAUCUGAUUUGCAGGCGAAAAUUUUUCAAUCAUCCGAAGAUGGUAUGAGAAAAUGUGUUGUUGCGACAAAUAUUGCUGAAUCAUCAUUGACAGUUAAUGGAAUUGUAUUUGUCAUUGAUUCGGGUUAUUGUAAAUUAAAAGUUUAUAAUCCACGUAUUGGUAUGGAUGCAUUGCAAGUUUAUCCGGUAUCGCGUGCCAAUGCUGAUCAACGUGCUGGUAGAGCUGGUAGAACUGGUCCAGGACAUUGUUUUCGUUUAUAUACGAGGAGACAAUAUUUAGAUGAAUUAUUAUUCACUGGCGUUCCUGAGAUACAGAGGACAAAUUUGGCGAAUACUGUACUUUUAUUGAAAUCAUUGGGCGUUCAGGAUUUAUUGGCAUUUCAUUUUAUGGAUCCACCGCCGCAGGAUAAUAUUUUAAAUUCACUUUAUCAAUUAUGGAUUUUGGGCGCAUUGGAUAAUACUGGACAAUUAACGCCACUGGGUCGUCAAAUGGCUGAAUUUCCAUUGGAUCCACCGCAAUGUCAAAUGUUAAUUGUUGCUUCUCAACUUGGAUGUACGGAGGAAAUUUUAAUUAUUGUAUCUAUGCUGUCGGUGCCUUCAAUAUUUUAUCGUCCAAAGGGACGUGAAGAGGACUCAGAUUCGGCACGUGAGAAAUUUCAAAUUCCCGAAUCUGAUCAUUUAACUUAUUUACACGUCUAUAAAUUGUGGAAACAAAACAAUUAUUCGGCAAUGUGGUGCAAUGAGCAUUUUAUACAUGCAAAAGCAAUGCGUAAAGUACGUGAGGUUCGUCAACAAUUGGAGGAGAUUUUAAAGCAACAAAAAAUGGAGGUCAUCAGUUGUGGCACCGAAUGGGAUAUGGUGAGAAAAUGUAUAUGCUCAGCAUAUUUUCAUCAAGCGGCACGUCUAAAGGGAAUUGGUGAAUAUGUAAAUUGUCGUACGGGAAUGCCAUGUCAUUUGCAUCCAACUUCAGCAUUAUUUGGCAUGGGUUUUACGCCCGAUUAUGUUGUUUAUCAUGAAUUAGUGAUGACGGCAAAGGAAUAUAUGCAAUGUGUGACGGCCGUCGAUGGACAUUGGUUGGCCGAACUUGGUCCCAUGUUUUUUAGCGUCAAAGAAACGGGUAAGAGUAAUAUGGCAAAGAAACAUCGCGCUGAACAUGUUUCGGAAAUGGAGGAUCAAAUGAAACAGGCCGAGGAGGAAAUGAAAGCGAGAGCGCAGAGGGAAUUGGAGAAGGAGCAGGCGUCGAUUAGAAAACAGGAAAUCUUAACUCCCGGUCGAUGGGAACCUGGAACUCCAGCAUCAAACAGAAGUCGUGGACGAUUGGGAUUAUGAAUUUGACUAAUAAAAAUGAUCCUUAGCACAGUAUUUUUGUCUUCUGAUAGUAGAAUUAAAUUGAAAAACUUUGAAUUUCCUAUUUUUUUUCUUUGAAUUGUUUGCAUUUUUUUUUUUUUUUUUUGAUUUACCAACGAUAAAAAAAUAUAGAUAAUAAACAAAUAAAUAUUUAUAUGAUAAUAUUUUAUAGAUAUUAUCUUUGAGGUGAAUUUUAAAAAUUGUAUAUAAUUGUAUAUAUAAAUAUUUUUUCGUAAAUAAUAAAAAGAGUUAACGAAA